ACUGCUCAACUUUUUAUCUACAGGCAUUAAAAUUCAAAAUAUUGGUAAAAAAUAAGAAAAGUGGAACAAUUGAAGAAACUAUGCUCAGGAAAGGUCAGGACAGUCAUGGUGAAACAGGGGAAGUAUCUGAAGAGGAACUUACAUCAAGUGAUGAGGAGACUGAGACUGAUGAAAAAACCCCUCUUUACCCAAAGAAGGGAUCCUCAAAAAGAAAAUCUGAAGGUAGAUCUUCACCUCCACCUCGAAAAAAGGCAAAGAUGAAGAAGAUAAAGAUUGCUAUGGAGUUGUCGGACCUUGUGAUUUAUACCAAAUCUGAGAAGUUUGUAAGCUUUGAGCAUUCAAUAGCUCAUCAGAAGUGUUAUGAAAACAAUUCAAUUGGAGAGGUUAAAGCACAAAAAUUUGUAAAACAUGCAGCUAAUCAGUUUGUUUCACAUACUUCACGUUUCAUUACAAGAAUCUACCCAAAAGGAACAAGAACAGAUUCUUCAAAUUAUAAUCCUCAAGAGUUCUGGAAUGUGGGUUGCCAAAUGGGUAUGUAUGUUUAUUGA